AUGAUCUUAUUCCCCGAAUUCUCCUCAUCUGCACACCCUCGUUCCUGCUACCAACCUCCCCCAUAUUUCUGUUUUUGUCCAUCACAUUCUCCUUUCACAUCGCUGGAUCCUUUCCUCUCCUCACAACACCCUCUUCCCUGUCGCUUGUUAUCCAUCACUCAACUCUCUGUCGCUUUCUCCACUCAAUUAAUGACCCGUCGACAGCCUCGGCUUACGCAUAAUUCUACAUCCACCAUUUCUGAGACAGAAUUGACGACGAAAUGGCCAACCAAUGCUCAGGUCACGUUUUCGUCAUCGUGCAGGCGACAAACGGGAAUAUCCUUACCUGGCGAUGCUCUGACUGCAACUCCGGUCCGUUUGUCGCCAUUUGGCGCUGCAAGAUCUGUAACCACUGUCGCUGCAACUCCUGCCACACCGCCAAAGGCUAAGAAGAAUCACGUCACGCAUGCUUUUUUGCCUCUUAAUCGUUUGAUUCGUACAUUUCCUGGAACUUCGAAAAAGCCUUCUGCAGCACUCCUCGCGCCAUACCUGCCGAAAGCCUAUCAGCCUUUUAUUGCGCGACUUGACUUUAAUUAA